CAUUUCUACACCUCGCGCUCUCUCUCUAAACCUCCUUCAUCUUCUCUCAACCUCCUUCCGAGCGAGCAGAGCAAUUCUUCGCUCUUUUUCAUCGCGUUUGCUAAAUCGUAAGUUUUCUCUCUGUUUCGUUUGUCGAUCUCGAUCUAGUUGCUCUUCGGUUCUAUUGUAGAAUCUUCAGAGUAGGUUGUUCGUGAAUCGAGAAUCUGUUGCGAUGAUCUAGUUUAGGUGAUCACUGAAAAUGGAGGAGGAAGGAGGAAACGGAGGGUCUCGGAAACGCGUGAGACCAUCUGAUGAAGAGGAGAAAGAAGGAGAGACGGGAGAUGGAAUGAGCCUUGAUGAGAAUGAGACGACGAAACUUGUUGCUUCUGAUGAGAUGGAACUUCGCAUUUCUCAAAUUCUCGACAAGAUUGAGAGCUUCACUCAGACUGUUUCUAAUCUGCUAGAUUCAGGGAAGACAAUGCUCAAGGAACUCAGUAACGAAUUUGAAGAACGCUUGAUCAUGAUACACAAGGAACAUGUUGAGAAAUGGCAGGAGGAGAUCAAGGAGUUGCGUUUGCUUGAUGCAUCAAACGAGGAGACUACUUCCCUCUUGCACAACGCUCGCAUUCUGAUUCAGAAUCCUAACAUUGACGCUUAAGGUAACAGUCUCAAACCCAUAAAGGACGUACUUAUCAGCCAUUACAAAGAACAGAUUAUCUUCUGCCGAGUGGUUUAAGAACAUAUUAUAUUACGUUAGACCAACAAUCUAUGGUUGGUUGGGAAAUUUAGUUUUGCACAAUUUAAAAACUUAUGUGAGUUCUUCAAGUAAACAUAGAACAAUCUUAUCAUGAACCUUCUCAGAUUAAUUACUCCGAGACCAACCCAUUCAAUUUUU